AUGCAGAAUGCCGAAGUAGCUCAUCUCGGCGGGGAGUGUGCACCAGCGCAUCCCUCCGGCGAGGAUGGACACCGGCAUCACUGGGCUGCAAACAGUACGUCGCGUUCCCCUCUUGCGGCCUCCUCUCCGGCUCACCAUGAGAAGCAACUGCUUCGCAACGCCGCUGUAGCUACAGCAGCGAUGGCCAGAGAACCUCUGCUUCCCCUGCCGCUCGGGGCGAACUCGGAGUUCCCCGCUACCGAUCCUCUUUCCCAGGGCGACUGUUGUGUCGCCGUCAAGCCGAAGAACUCGAUGCGAACGCCUGCAUUCCAGAUGUUCUCAACUGAGCCUGGGUCAGCUGCGCGUUCCACGAACGCAGACGAGGAGGCGAGAGAGUUCCAGCGAACUGGACCUGCGACUGACGGGGUCUCGCUGUCUUCCGUCUCUUCCCAACCAUGCACAGGGUUGCAUCCGCGAUUGGAAGCGGCUUACGCUUUGAUCGAGAGCGGAAGGGAGCGGCACGACGAUGGGCGCCGCACAUGCUCGGGGGAGUGUUCUUCCGCUGGUGAAGGACAGCCUGAUUCAGUGACAGAAUCGGAAAUUUUGUAUCUGGUGCCCAACGCGCCUGCGGGCCUGAGUGCUCUCUCUGCACAGAAUGUCGAUCGCGUCUGGGAUAAAGAACAGUCGGAACCAUUUGGUACUGGGGACUCGAUCAAAACCCUUCUCCACCAGACCCGAGAGGUUUUGUCCUCGUUCGCGCGCAGUGGACAUCCCUGGACGCCGUCUUCACCGGAGUCGCCAGAAGGAUCUGUUCCCCAACCUCGGGGGCGCGUGGUCCCACGUGCUCGGCUCCUCGCGGGAAAUCGAGUGGCCGCCGAGGCUGAGCAGGAAGACGACCGGCUGUUCCUUGCGAAUGGAAAUCGCCUUGGAGGGGCCGUCAGCCCGUCGGGAUCAGGUAUUGACUGCCGCCUGUCGAGUGAAAGAAGCGCGCUUCUCACCCCGGAAGGGGCUGCUUCGCGGACGCCUCAGAGAACCCUGAGUGUAUCUGCGCCCCAGAGGACGCUGCGUUUAACGACGCCGCAGGCAAUCAUCGCCAUGGCCGAGCCUCUGGGUGAGGAUGCGGACGAGCCUUUGUGGUCUCCGCGACCACCCGCCGCUUCCACAGUGGGCGGCGCCGGCCCUUACUUGCCGAGCUCGGCAACAGUCUCCCGACACGUCGACGAGCGAGCGUUCGGGAACCGAGCGGACGUCGGAGAGGACGAACUGCUGAAAAGGAGAUACGAGCACUUGCAGAGGGUCUCAUCCAUUCCGACUGUGGGCUCCGGGUCGCGGAAUUUGUCGCCUGCCGCGUCCUACAUAGCGGCUGCAGCAGAAGCGAUCGCGGCGGACUUUGGCGACGACGACGAAUGCGUGGAAGACAGCUCGAUAUCUGUUGGACGCAACACACACGUCGAGCAGGGGCUGCACGGGAAGGACACGGGGGUACCUGGGGAUUUGAGUCGGCAGUUUUGCAACUUCAGUUCGAAGUUCCGAGGCCUCCCGCCGAAGCCGCCCCUCCCUGAAGGUCUCAUCCCCGCGGCCGAGGCGCCGACGCUGGCCGGAGGGAGCUCGUGCUGUUCUGCUGCCUCGGCCCCGGCCGAGCGACUCGUUGGCGACGCGCGGGCGCUGACAGAAACGCCUGGGUCAAGUGGGAAGAACUGCGACAGGCCACAGGUGAGAAAUCUGGACGCCGCGCACGGGCCAGAUGGGAAGACUGACGGGUCUGGGAAAUCGUCUCCGGCCGAGAAAAACGCCGCUUCAUGUGGCGAGGCGGCGAGCGCUCCGAUCUCCCGAACCCAGACUGCCGGCCGUCUUUCCGAGGUCUAUUUGGCUUCGCUGUUGCAGCCGACAGACGUGCUGCUGGACCGGACAGCCGCGCUGAGUGCUGCGGUCGCAACUCCCGAGCUGUACGUACGCCUGACAAAGUCCUUCCACAACCAGAGCACCCGGCGAGACUGGACGAGCGAUCGAGAGUUCGCGUACAGCUGCACAAACAGCAGCUGCAACGGGAGUGUCCCGUGUGAAAUUGUGUCACCAUCCAUCGACCUUCUUCCUGUCUUCUUUUCUUCUUCCCGGCAUGCACCCGAAGUGCUGGCCCGUGUGGCGCCGGGAGUUGCAGCCGCGUCUGUGAUGCCUGCGGCUGAGGCAGACGGCGUGCUUCAUUUUUGUUACCGCGUCUCACUGGAGCCGAAACGCCCCGUUGUCCACCAAGUCGCCUUGCCAUCUGAGGCGAACCAUGUUCAGGAACCGUGUCUAAAGUGCUGUCUCUCUGUUUCUCUGUUCCCGUCUCGCCCCGAAGACAAGGCCGCAAACGACUCUCAGGGUCUUCGCUUCUCGCCAGUGUGCACAUGCAACCGUGGACAGUGUCGGCUGAACGCCGGCGACCAACCAGAUGCUGGCGCAGUUGCCGACCCCUCAGGCGCUGUCGAGGAAUCCAUCGCCAGCUGUCUCCCCUUUCCGCCGUCUCUGUCUCCCUGCACGAAGCGAUCUCUCCCUUCCGCGUCUCUCUGCGAUGUUUCGGCGGAGCUGACUCGCGCCCCGCCUCUGACGUUCGCCGGUCCCCCUGCGUUCUGGGGCUUUGAAGGUCCGCGGGCCUCCUCAGUACUCUCCUCUGGAGAAAACCGCUCACCCACACCCAAUGCAUGCAGCGAUCCUGGAGCUGCGCCGACGCACCCCCUGUCGUCCGCCAACCCGCAGCUGAACGGGACCAAAGACGCAGACGGAGACAUGGACUUGCCGGGGUCUUCGCAGGCGUCGUCGCAUGCAGCGGCCGGGAAAACGGCGGCGCCCUCUGCGCUCGAAGCACCUGGACCGGCCAAGCGCCGUCGCCUUGACGCAUGCAGCGACGUUGAGGCUUCGGCCGCCCGCAGAGCGCGGCCCCAGGACGCGUCCGUCGACGCGAUGCUCGCCGAGAUUUCCAACCAGUCCUUCUUCUCGAGCGGCACCUGCAGGGUUCCAGCGACUGUCUACGGUUUCCGAAUCUCCCGCUACAUCGCUGCGGCGGCGCGCGACGCGACCAUCGCCGUUUCCGGGGCCAAGAACCUUGCCGGUGCAUGCACUCCUGAGACGGAAGCUCCGCUCAGCAACGCAUGCAGCCUGCUGGUUGUCCCGGAUGACAAAUCGCCAGGAGGCGGCGUCCAGGCGGAGCCGGCGCCUCCUGGGAAGUCUCCGGACUCCUGCCCCCGUGCGCCCGUCUUUCUUUCUCCCGCGUCGCCGCUCGAGCAACUUGUGUGUUCGAGAGAUCCACCCUCGCGCGUGAGUGUCGUCGCCGCGAAACCGCGCGGCAGCCUUCCCGCUUCGGGGACUGCCUCGCGAGUCGCGACGGCUGCGACAGGCAGUGUGUGGGUUCAGCGAUCCGACAGCACUGCGGGGGUCUGCCGACCAGACGAGGGCGUGUGGGUAAUUCGGCAGGCUGGGACGGGCGUUCCUUUGGCCGUUCGCGCGGCGGUCGCGUGUGACGGGGCAGACAGCCCGUCUGUGCGCGACGCCGGGCGCGCAGAUCUCUCUGGCGUUUCGCGAGGCGGCGACGAAUCCGCAACGGAGGGCGGGCCUAGUGCCACAGGUCGCCGCCGACGCAUGUCCGUGUCUUCGGCCCCUCCGGGAACGCCGGGGCGAAAGCUCCUGUCGAGCGGUCGACGGCCCGCGUCUCCGGCGUGGCGCGCCACCAGAGGAAUGAGCCGUCCGGAGACGCCCGACAUGGCACUAGGCCACCGGCGGUUAGCCAAGGAAAACGCUGGGACUGUGGGCGCUGUAGGCGCCCUUGGCGGAGCCGUAGGCGACUCGGGAUCGGCGAGCGACGAGGCCGCGCCGCGGUUGUUGGAACGUUUCUUUUUCGUCGAUGCCCAUGCCACCUCUGCGGCCGAGCCGAUGCCGACGCGGCUCAGGCGUGUUCGGCAGAUGGCGUGCAGCUGGUUCCGGAACAAGAAACUCCAGCAGAGUCUGUUUCAGUGGAGGUCGCAUUUGCGUUAUCAGGGGGUUGACGCUAUGCGAACGCAUACGACGCGACUGGCUGCGCCGAGCCCGUUCCCUGGAGACACGUCCCCGUCACUCGCGCGGAAAUCGGGUGAAGCUGGCGGCAAGGACGUGGGCGUCGGUGGAACGCGGGCUACACGCAGUCAGGCGCGCGGCACAGAGACGGGAGAGGAAGCGGGCGAAGUGCCAGGCGCGGAAAACCCUCUUGGCAUCCUCCAGGAGGCGGAGGCCGAAGACGAACGCAUUCGCCAUUUGCAUGCGCUGGCCCGCGCUUUGGUGGCGCGGUUGACGGCAGUGGCUGAGCCGCUCCCGCUCUGCGCCGGAUGCUGCGAGUGUUUGCUUUUGUCGACUGUUUUCCCUUCCGCAAAAAGAACCGACGAGAAGAUGGCCUGCGGACAGGACUCCGCUGGCGCCGACGCGGAUGAGGAGCGCGUGGAAGAGGAGCAAGACAAAGGCCCCUCGGCGGUCGCGCAUUCCACCGGCAACGAGGGAUCCUCGAAAACCGAGGGCAGAUCGUGCACUGACUGCUCGUUCCGCCUGGGCCUGCGGUGGCGCGAAGACGCCUUCGCCUUCGAGUACUUUGUCGCAGUCUGCUGCCGUCGGAACGCAAAACCCGACAGGCGGGCGGACCUGAAUCGCGGGAGCCUUCCGGACCGUGCACGAUCUGCAGCGGAUCACGUGGAAACCAGGUGGAGUUCCGACGCACAAAAAAACGACGAGGGAGGGAGCGGCGACAGCUUCGAGGCCGAGGUCCAGGCUGACGGCGGGACGAAGGCGAAGAGCGAAGGCGGGAAAGGCGGCAGCGCGGUUGGCUUUGGACCGUGGCAAAAAACCCCGUCGAGGGCGACCGGAGACGCAGUGAAUCGCGUGUCCACAGCUCAAGGAAUCGACUUCGCGCCGGGGGGUCGGGGAGGAAUGAAUGCAGAGUGUGGCGACGAACGCGCGUACAUUUUCGUGUUGCUGCACGACGUCGUCCAACCUUGUGUCUUUGAUUUUGUGUCCGUUCAAGUCGCUUUUCGGGCCGUCCUUUCGAGGCUCCUGCCGUUCAUCGCCUUCCGCGACGCGUGCUGGGAUUUCCUCGUCAGAGACAGUCCAGACUUCCGCGCGCUCCUCUCCUCAAUUGUCGCGCAGCGCGGUCUCUUGCAGGAGGCUCGGAGCGCAGAAGCCGGAGAGCUCUCGCCGGAGAUUUCGGCCACGUCGGUGGCGGGGCCUUGGAGCCACAGCGGAGGUCAGCAGACACCUGCGCUAAAACACCUUCCGGCGUCGACACCAUGCGGAGAGAACGAGACGGCGGAAGCCGAAGGAAAACGCGAACCAGCCGAAGAAAACGGAGACUCGGGAGGGUCGGCAGAGCCGCAGGUGUCCGACGCGUCAGAGUGCGAGGAGCUCUGUAGCCUGCUUCGACGCGUUUCGGCAACGCCCUGUUCUCUCGUUCACGCAGUGGAAUCGCUGAUUGAGGAUGGCGAAGAGGCGACUGUCCAGGCGCCUGGACAGCCUGCGGUUCAGCCCCCCUUCAGCAUCGCGAAGCGCCGCCACACGGCGCCUGGGCUCGAGACGAUUCUGCGGCAACUCCUCUUUUCGUCCCAGCCUUUGGCGAAUCAGCCAGGGAAAGGCGCAAACUCGCGGGCGUACAGGAAGCGCGGCGGCGCAGCGGCAGCGGCAGAUCGCCGCGGCCCGGGAGGCGUGGGAGGGAGCGCAAGUCACGCACCCGUCACGCUCGACGCCGAGACGCACAGCUUCCAGGAACGCAUUCAGCAGCUCUUGGACGCCGAGGCGUUCAGCGUGAAGUGUCGGUACUUUGCGGUCCCCGUGUCGGCGUCGCGUCCUUCCUCUCUCAAAGAAGACAUCUUCCUCGCGUUCCUCUUCCCCACGCAGCAUGCGAUCUGUUGGCGGGGCGGGGGCGACGUCGGGGAGUUCGCGAGGCCCGCAGGGCGCGUGGAAACGGCGCCGGCAGAGCAACGCCACGCGCUCGCACGGAGCACAGCCACGGCGUGCAUGCGCGGAGUCCUUCAGCGUCUCUGGCCCGGUCGCUGGCCGUGGACAGAAGACGACAACGGACUGCCCUUGAGUGCGGCGGAGGCCUGGGAGCAGGAGAUGGGCUGCCGUGUCCUCGAAGAGAUCGACAGUGAACCCAGGCGGGAGGGGGAGGCGUGGGUCUUCGAAGGAGGGUGCGUGACCGCCGGCGAGAGAUGGGAUCAGGACUCGAAGCGCGGCGCGGGUCCUGUCAAGAGCCAGAGCGAGGCGUGUGUUGCCGAGAUGCUUCCACAGGCGGUCGCAGCUCCAGAGUCCGAGCUCGAUGAGCAGCUGUCGGCGGGUGCCGAGCCGUCGCGCAGGGACAGACCCGACGCCAAGCUGGACGCAGACAGCCUGGGGAAAGAAAAACGAGGCUUUCUGGACGACUCCAGUGGAACACUUCGCAGCUUUGCAUGUGUUGCCGAAGGCGACGGCGCUGUCUCCUUGGCCGAUGCCUCUUUGGCCGAUACAUCGCGCGACCGAAUUUUCUUCGACCGCACUCCGGGGCGGGCGACCGACAUUGACGGCCUCGGCGCCGCCGGCUUUGGUCGAAGGCCUCAGGGGGACGUGCGCUGUUUCCUCCUCCCGAAUGCUGGUGUCUCCGUUCUCCCCACACCCCUCCCGAAGUUCAGUUCUUUUGGAGUCUCCAAUGCGAGCGCCGGCGACGCGCCCCGGACUUGCGUGAACGAUUCGGAUGCGUUGUCUUCCGAGUCGUCGGAGUCGGCGGCUUCUCCGGCCUUGACAGGCGCACCUGAGCCUGCAGGCGUCGUUCUUCCUGACAUGGGCAGCCUUUCGGCAACCGCGGAAAUGAAGGGUGGCGAGAGCAGCGCUGCGACGGACUCGGAGGCGACUCCGUCGAGGACGACCCUCGGCGACGUCCAGGCCGAGGCGGUCUCCAGUCUGAGCUCGAAGGCCCUCGCUCGCUCGCCGGCAGUCUCUGGGCACUCGGAGACGCGAACCGUCGCGGGGACAGGCUGCGACUCCACUGCGACGAUGAGCUCCUCGGGGCAGCCCGGCUCCUCGGCCGAAGAAGAUUCGUCCGGCGCCGAAAGCGUCUCCGCGCCAGCUGCGCGGAGGAGUCCAGGCCCCACCUGGGCCGCGCUCGCGCCGUCACCUUUCCCGGUGAAGCCGAUGGAGAAAGCCCCAUUCAAGACUCGCGGGCGAAGUCCGGGGCCUGGACCUGCGGCUGCUGUCUCCGCCCGACCUGCAGGCCUGUCCCCUGUGAGUCCGAGCGCCCGACGUCGCCUGUGGGCGACAGACGCCGAAGUGACGAAUCUGCGAGACGGUCUCGACUUCCGCCUCGACUGGGGCUCAGACUGCGACUACGGCAACGGGGGGAGCUCUGAAAGCGACGGGAGCGACGAUUCAGGACUUACCAGCGGAAACGAAGCGGCGCCUCUGGAGGCUCAAGGCGGGCGACGUAGCGUGAAAAAGAAGGGCCAUCUGCACACCUUCGAGGAACCAGUCGCGGAGGACGAGAUUUUCGGUCUCGCUCAAGGGACCGCGCCCCCGAGGGGCGACGCCACGGGCGAUGGCGACAAACCUGCAGACGGUCCGACAGCCGCUGCGGGGCUGAGGGCGUGGGAAACGGCGAGCGGGACCGACCUUGCCGCGGCGCUUCGAGACAUUUCUUCGCUGCGCUCGCCGCCAGGGCUCUUGACGCUGCUGCGCCACUUGGCCCAGCCCCAAUUCGCAGCUGGUCUGGGGCUGCUCGGGGCAGGGCGAGGGUCGCCGGCGCAGCAUCUGGGAUCUCAUCUCGACGGGACGGUGUCGCCGGCGCCGUACGUGUCUGGGGGUCAUGCGCUCCGACCGAGGCGAGGCUCCGACGUGUCCAUUGCAGCCGCCGAGCAGCUCGUCAAGGCGCAUGCAUCGGCUUCGUCUGGGGAGGAUCGGAAACUGGGACUGUCUCCUCCAAGUGCGGACCCACGCCACGAGGGCGACCACGGAGUCCGCGAGGAGACGCCGCGGUCUGCUCGCGACACGCAGCUGUCUCUCCACAAGCGUCUGCGCAUGGCGAGUCUUCCGCAGGAAUCAAGACCCGGGCAAACCCGAGGCGUCGGGCUUUCACUGCCGGCGGCUUUUCUCUCGUCCUCGGCAACCCACGCCCCCGCACACCCGGGCGGAUACUCGCCGUCGAGCCGAGGGACGACGUCCGCGCCGGACGUCGCGGCGCUCUUCACGGCUGCGGCCAACUCGCCUUCGUCCGGCACGCCAUGGAGCAGCGCGCACGCGCACUCGUCUCUGCCAGCGUCUUCGCCCCGCCGGCGACUCGCGCAGCUCCUCGCGGCUGCAGGAAGUUCCCCCACCGCCAACCUGUCCAUCGCAGCGCCGGGGUCUCCGGGUCCCCCUGGGGCGCGUGCGGACGCCCGCGAGGGCCCCGUGGGGGCGUGGGAGUCUCCAACUAGCCCUGGCGGAGGGUUCAGCGAAAGGCCGAGUGCUGGUCUUGCAAAGCCGGGAGAUGCGGCCGGACCCGUUCCGGGAUCCAUUGCAGCCAUUAUGUCGGCUCUCGCGCAGCACGUGAAUCAACGUUCACGCCAGGUUCCCCGGGGCUCUUCAGGGAGUUCGCCGGUGUUCAGGAGCGGCGAACAGCGAGGGGAGCUCGGGCUCGCCGUGGACGCUCCGGCGCUUCGAGGCCCGCAGGCGUCUGUCAGUGGCAUGGGCGGUCAAAGAUCCCCGGUGGGAACCCCGAUGGGGUUGGCGCCUUCGCUGCUUGGAGGAUCCUUAGAACAGGCUCCGCAGGCGUCCGGCGUGUCCCCGCGAAACCUCGCCCAGUCCGCCCCACUGGCCGCUGCUGCUGAGCUUCUCGAGGCAGCAAGGUGCGCAGUUGCUCCGAGGGCCGCGGGCGAGGGCCUGGCCGCUGGGGCCGCGCGUGCCGGCGGUCCGAGCCUGUUGCAGCUCGGCGAUGAGGAGGGUGACGCCGCCGCCGGCGCGUUGGGCGCCAGGGGGACGACACCGAGGGACGUGCUGGCCGGGAGUUCGGCCGAGGCACGGCAGCAACUGUCUCUGCUCUUGGCUGCUGCGGAGGCGGAGGCAGGCUGUCGCGGUCUCGACGCGAGAGAAAGGACACCGCAGGGGGUAUCGCCCGGCGACCAGCAGCGCCUGCUGGCGGCGACCGCAGCCUUGCACACUGCGGCUCUGGAGGCUGCGAGUCGACUCCGAGGCGCCGCAGAAGCCUGCGAGCCCCGGGCGGCGCUGCCGGCGUCGGACGCGAGGCCGACACUCGGGGGAAGCGCUCCAAUCGACGUUCAGCUGGAGACCCUGAAGCGCGCUCUAGGGAUUUCCGGGUUGUCGGAGGGCGCGACGCCCAGGAAGGCAGUGGCGAGCAAAGCCGGGUCGCCGCGUGCGGCUCCGGAUCUGUUGGCGGCAAUUGCAGGCGAAAUCGCCGCUUCAAACGCAGGCUCUCGCGCAGGCGCGACCCCUGCCCUCGCCGCCCAAAUGGGGACGAACCCCGACGGCGGGGCGUCGCCUCUGGGGAUGGCCGACCUCGCCGGCUGGCCGCAGCUCGCGUCCCGGGCCCCGCGCGGGCGCUCCGAAUCCCCUCCGCACCCCGCCGCGCCGCUGCAUGCGCAUGCGCCUGUCCAGACGGCAGACAGCGGCUCAGCCGGGUCAGUGGACAGCGAAGGCGGCGUGCGCGCGGGGGACGGCCGCCGAGCGCGCGGGGCCGGGGCGGGCACGCGCCGCGAACGCCGCGACAGCAGCAGCUUCAGCGAAGACUCGCACUGCGAAGAUCCCCUAGGGGGAGCACCUCUGGGGAGCGCUUCCGGCGCCCCGAGCUCGGGCGGAGGGUCGCCCCGCGCCGGUGGCACCGGCGAGGAAGACGAGCUGGUCCCCAUCGGGGCUCUGCCGACUGGGGUCUACUUCGACGUCGCGAGGCGGCUCUGGCGGUGCCAGUGGCGGGAGGACGGCCGGCUGAAGAGCAGCGGUUUUUCGCUCAAGCACUACAAAACGCUGGAGGCUGCGCGGGCUGCAUGCAUCCUCUACAAGUGCGCCAUGACGAACACGCCCGUGGACCCCGCGUGGAUGGUCCCCGAGUACAUUCCCCUGUCGAUGGCGAGCAAGCGCCUGGUCAAACAGAGACAACAGGCCUCGGGGCCGCACGCGACGCUGGCGAGCGUCGCAGGCUCAAGCGCCGGCGACAAGUCGCGCGGCACCGACGAGGAUUCGAGUGCGCUUCACGGCGCCUCGCGCAGGCUUCGCGCAGACGCCUCUGGCGCCUUGUCUCCGAGCGGCAGGGGACUCGCGGGUGUAGACGAGGAGACCGGCAGGCGGAGCGUCGGGGGUCAGCUCGAGUCGUCCCUGCCCCGCGGCGGCCUUUCUCUCGGACUUCACCUCCCCUCAGCGGCAGAAGGGGAGGCGUCUCCGUUUUCGCCGGCUGCGCGACUCCUGGCCGGUGCCGACGGCCUCGGCCUCGAGGCCCUCUUGGCCGCUGCCGCGGCUGAGGCGAAGCUACGAGCGAGCGUGAAGGCGGGGGCGUGCCCGAACUCGGAAGAUCCGCGCGUGCUGCUCAAACUUUUGGAAGAAGCGUCGCGGCAAAACUGA